AUGAACGACACGCUGAUCAUGGCCAAGAAGGAGGACUUUGACGUCUUCAACGCGCUUAGCCUCAUGGACAACAUGGAGUUCCUCAAGGAGCUCAAGUUCGGCCCUGGAGAUGGUGACCUCAUGUACUACCUGUACAACUGGCGCUGCCCGCGAAUGGAAGGCAACAAGGUCGGUAUCGUGCUGUGCUAG